AUGGGUGGCCCGUCUCCAACAGAGCUCAGGCCCACAAUCUUCUUGGUCUGCUGCCACAAACUCUAUCGGAAGCAGCUCAGGAAAAUCUUGAAGAAGCAGAAACGGAUGACAGCAUACGAAUAUCAGUUUGUUGUACUCGUGGAUCCCGUCGAGAAUCUCUCUCCUAACGGUUUAGGAGACAUACAUGAGACCAGUCAGAUUCUCGUCGAAGCCUUUGUGCCGAGCGGCAAGACAUCCUGGUGUGGUUUGAAAGCACGAGCACAGUCUCUGGCACACCAGGAGCCCAUCAAUUUCACAAUCGGGGGCAUCCUGUUUAUUGACGGGGACGCCUUCGGCCUCACAGUCAAGCUCGGAAUUGAAACUCUCGUCCCUGUUGAUGACGCCAGCAAUGACGCCGACGACGACGACGAUGAUGAUUCUGCGGUAGAAGAUUCAUGUUCACCGUUCAUCACCUUCCAAGACUCGAGGAGUAUUCAGACGCAAGAUCAUGUGGAGACUGAGAGACGUGCUCCUGUCUUUGGGUCGAGAACGACGGCCCCGCAGAGUUGCACAAGUCUAGUCCACAACAUCGCACCAAAAAGGAUACAGUGCGGGAGUGAAUGGCGCCAUUUUGGUCAACCUCAUGCUCCCAACGUCGUGGGAUCGAAGAUCAGCUGUGGCAGACUUGAUUGGAGUCUUGUGAAAUUCGAGCCACGAUGUGAGGUUUCGCACUCCUCACUCGUCAAUACGCUAGUGACGCCGAUUAAUGACCAUCUCGAGACAACAUGCUUCUUGAAUAGGUCUGCCAUGACCGGCGGAGAAGUUUGGACCAACGCUGGAUUGGCUGGCCCGGUCAAGGGCUGGCUUGUGGAUUGUCCAGCUUUACUCCACCGACAUGGGAAGUCUUUUGAGGUGUUACAAGUUGUUGGAAGGUGCGAGGGUCGUAUGCCCAUACGCUAG